UCUACUUUAGAGACUCAGACUUUAGAGACUCAGACAGUAACGAACAAGAGACAAGAGAGACUGAGAAUCACGAUGGACGAGUUCAAAUGGAUUCAAAUGUCUUCAUUUGUUCUCCUGAUGCUUCAGUUUACAGCAGCUGUAAUCGGAGAACAUCAAACCUUCUCUGUGGCCAGAAUUGGAGAGGAAGUCACUUUGCCUUGUGAAAAUGUGUUAAAAGAUCAUCACAGAUGUGACAGCACUACAUGGCUCACCAGUCCUCAUGAGGGAGUAACAACAAAAACCCUGGUUAGUGAAGGGCAGAUUAGGAAAAAUGAGAUUUCCAAAGACAAAUCAGACAGACUGAGUGUGACAGCAGGUUGUUCUCUGGUUAUAACAAACAUCACAGUUGAGGACGUCGGCCGUUACAUCUGCAGACAGUUUGACAAGACAGGAAAACAACAAGGUCCAGAUGCUCAGGUUUAUCUGUCUGUUAUUAACUUGGAGGAACAUCAGACGAAUGAUUGGGUCAAGUUGGUCUGCUCCGUGUUGACAUAUGCAGGCUGUGGAUACUCAGUGAAGUGGCUGCAUGAUGAUGAUGAUAAGAGUAACGUGACGCUGACACCUCAUGCCUGUGGAGCUGCCGUGGAGUUUAAAACUGCUCAUCACAAACACAAAUCAAAUGUUUAUGACUCACUAAAGUGUAGCGUGACAGAUCAAACGAGUGGACGAACGUUCCUGUACAAAGUUGGCCCCGAGUCCUCAUCAGGAAUCAAACCAACAGGAGGACAGAAAACACCGUCUGCAGGGGAUUCAACUGCAGCUCGUACAGAUCGUUCUGUUCUGGACUACAUGAUGUUGGUUCUGCGUGUGGCUGAACUCCUCCUCAUUACUCUGAUUGCUGUUCUUCUCAUCAGAGCUGCAGGGAAGCAGAGACCACCUGAUGACAACACUGUUUCACACUCAGACAGGAGGUGGUGGUGCGUUCAGGUGAAUAAUGAUGAAGAUGAAGAUGAAGGUGUGGUGAAAUAUGAAAACUUUGGAGAAACUUCUGCCUCUGUCAGCCUCCACUGAUCAACAACUUCCACAUCGACAUGAAGUCAUGAGAGAAAAGACUCCACUGCAGUUAAAUAACAUCACAUUUACACGAGCAGUCGAAGCUUUUAGACAA